UGAAAGAAUUUAGGAAAAAAAGAGUGAAGGAACUCAUUGAUUAACAGUACAGGAUCUGCAGUCUGGAGAUGUUGUUCAGAGUAGACAAAUGAAGAAAAGCGCCACAGAGAACCUUGAGAGUAAUGAGUGAUGGCUCUUCAGGAGAUCAGUGUGAUCUUCACACACAGACCCUCGGCCUUCUCUGCUGCUGUGCUGCUUCUAACACUCGUCCUCUGCAGAGGAUCAUUUGUAGUGGAUGUGACACAGAGCUCCUAUCAGGCAGAGGAGAACCACAACAUCACACUGGAGUGGACGUUCACCACCAAACCAGACACGUCCAUCUCAGCACUGAGGAUCUCCUGUUACCUGAAUAUUGAUCAAACAUACUCAACUCUGUAUUUUCUUCGUGGUGGUGUCGAGUUCUCAGAGUCUCAGGAUGAAAAGUUUUCAGGACGAGUCCAGAGUGACAAAGACGCCCUCAGAGAAGGACGAAUCAGACUCCAGCUGUCCAGACUCAGGACUGAGGACUCGGGUCUGUACCUGUGUGAGGUGGACACAGGUUAUGGCCGCGGCUACAACAGCUGCAGAGUCACCGUCUCUAAAUCAAAGCCUGAGAAGGAUGAAACAUCUCAGCAACGUGGAAGUCUCCAACCACCAAAUCUGAAUGACGAGACCAGACGCCAAGGAGGAAUCGUCAUAGCUGUAUUCUUCUGUAUCUCUGUGUUCCCGUGGGGAUUCAUGCUUUAUCACAAUUGUAGAGAACACAGGAGGACUUCCUCACGCAAAAACACAAGUUCUUGAUGAAGACGUUCUCAGAAAAUGGACCUCGUUCAGGUUCAUGACUGUUAGCAUCUCAUCUCAGACUGUGAAUAGAAACUCUCCAUAACAUCCUGAUGAUAAACCAGAUUUGAAGUUUCCCGUUUUGAUGCUGUUCAGCAAGUUGGUGCUGAGAACCGACACAGGGAAAAACAACAACUUAAACAACAGAGAAAACAUUUAAAUUCGGGGCUUCUGUCCAAUAUCGAUAUCUUUCAUCUCAUUCUGAGAUAAGCCAGCUGGAUUGAGUUGAACAAGAUUUCCAAAACAUUAAAGAAUCUGUGAUUUGUAUGUAUUUUAAAUGUGUUUAAAAAAAUAAUGCUAUGUAAGCUGAAUGGAGGAGUAGAUGAGGUGGACAGCACAAUAAAAAAUGUACACAUUUUCCCACUGUGGCAGAAGUGUGGUCUUUGGCCUGCUGCAGAGGAGGGGUGACGCAGUGAGCUCACAGGGCGGAGGUGGGAAAGAGCAGGUGUGCUGAACUGGAUCGAUGAAUGGAAACUCUUUUUUGAUGUCAUUUGGUGAGACGGAGCAGGAGAGUGACAGUCAGAGUAGUGCCUGCGUCCUGGACAGAAGCCCAAAGCCAUACUAAUCACUACUGUCAAUAAAAGCACAAAAACAGCAAAGCUGAAGUGUCCAUCCUUGUCACACCCACAUUCUCACUGGACGUUUCAGUGACGUCAUCACACCUGUCAAAAAUCUGAUUUCUAACAAAUAGCAUUAGUGCAGAUCAGCCAGUAGAUGGCAGCAUCCUGUUAAAUCUACCUGCAUGAGUUUACAGUAUGAUAAUAAUAGGUGAACUGUCUGUACAGUUGUUGUAUUGUUUGAGUUUAGUAUCAGGUAAUUAUGAUGACAAAUAAAAACCAGUUUCCUUAUCUGCAUGAACUUGGCCACCUAAACCACUUCAGGUGUUUGAUGCAUAAUAACUUUGACAUUUUUAAUCACUUGUUGUGCUGCUAUUUUUAAAUGUGUGUGUGUUUGUUUUUUUGGUGGUGUUGAAGAUUGUACAAAGAGAAAAUAUUAAAUGUUUGUUCACACAGUACAGUUUAUAGUCAUGGUUAAGCUGGAAACAAGGCAGUAACAGGCUCUGUGCUCCACUGGGUCAGCUCACUCUGAUCUGCUCUGAGGGCCACAUUAUUUUUUUUUAUAUAUUGACUUGAUUUUAUAUAUUCAGAUGUAACUAACCAUAUAAAUGUAAUGAUGAUGAUUAUCAUUAAAGUUUUUUUUCAUGUGAGCUUGUGAUGAUGGAACACAUGUUUCUUUUUAUCUGUGCCUGCUGAAAAGAAAAAAAAAGUUUUUUUAAGUUAAUUGUACUGUUUUAGCACAUCAUCAUAAAUGAGAAUAAAACAAGUUAAUCUUUAA